GACCAUUCGGGCACCUUGGACAUCGCGAACCGUCGCCGCGACACCUCCAUCUUUGACCUCGUCACCUUCCCACAACCCAAGAUGAAGUCGAUAGCCAUCUUCGCCGCGGCGCUGCUCGCUGUCGCCGAGGCCUUUCCAGAAAAGCAGAUGGCGGCCCGCCAGACCACCCCCAAAAUUCCUGUUGCAGUACAAAAGCCGAUCGAAGACGCCAGACUGAACGCGCAGACAAACCAAGGAUGCUUCAAAUCAGCUGGCAAUAACAUGACGUUUGUUACAGUCAUUCAGUACAACUCAAUCGGAGAGUGUGCUUUGAAAACUUGCGUUCCAAAAGGAUUCACGGCCGCUGCCACCACGGGCGGCAACCAGUGCUGGUGUGGCUACAAGUACCCGCCCGAGGAUGAUUUGGUUGACAACAAGAAAUGCGACGUUGGCUGCACUGGCUUUGGCGAAGAGGCCUGCGGCGGAAAGAAUUAUUUCUCGGUGUACAACACAGGACUGACAUUAGAUGUGGAUUUUGCCGAAGAUAGCGGACCGACGGGAGAGAAACACAAGACAAGCACAACUUCGACAACAGCCGCGCCAACCCAGGUGGUCACACUGCCUCCAAGCGUCGUCACGCAAACACAAGCACCAGUCGAAGAGGAGGAGAAGAAGGGCGGCAAGAACGUGGCCGGCAUCGUUGCCGGUGUGGUGGUUGGUGUGAUCGCCGCCGUGGGUCUUGCCACGGGCGCGUACCUCUACCUCCGCCGCAAGAGGAACAAGGAGAUUGAAGAGGAGCAUCGUCGCAACGCUGCCGUGAGCGCCUUUAUUGGCCAACCCCCCGGAAGCAGCCGCGGCAGUGGCAUUUCCGGCGCCGACUCCCGCAUGGACCCAGUCAUGGCCCAGAGGAGGAUGAGUGACGGCAGUAUCGCCGACAACGAAGAUUACUCCAGGAAGAUCCUUCGCGUCACCAAUGCAUGA